AUGUGCGUACAAUGUGAGAGGCUUCGUCGGCCAAAGGGUGCUGAACGCAGGCUAUCCAACAAUUGUCCUUUCGGAAUACUGGGAAAAGGCGUAUCACCAAGACGACGACUCGCAGUUGAAGUCCCUGAUCGUGUGAAUACAGGCCAUGCUGUAUGCAUCGAGACAGAUACCAGGCUGCUAGAUAAAGUCUCCAGGCUGGCUGGCGGGUGGUACUCGUCUUUUGUUCCACAAGAUGUAACUGCAGCUGCAGAAUCCGAGGUAUCAAAAGUGAGCUCCUUGGAGGAUCCUGCUGAAGAUGAGCAGGAUGGACCGUCUGUGGGGGGCUUGGAGCAGGAUGGGCUUGAGGUAGAGCCAGCGGUGGCUUGA